AUGAAGCACGAGGCUGGUGGGUGCGACCCACAACACAAUGAAGAGAUUCGUGAACAAGGCUACCGUGUCAUUAUUGCAGUUUCCGGUGUUUUCUCGAUCGCCUCGCUGCUCAUUUUAGUCUUAUUCGUGCCGUCAAUCUACAAUUAUGUCGAUAAUGUGUCGAUAUUCUCGCGCAAAGAUUUCGCCUAUUGUCAGGAGUCGGCCGAUGAUCUCGAGCAGGAGAUGGUCACGUUCCGCGAGCUCGUCGGAAAGAAUCGCAAUUUGACGAGGAGAGCGGCCGGAUAUGGACAGGCUUACAAUCCGUCGAUGCUCGCGCAGGACUCGCCGCAAUUCCAGGAGUGUCCGGCGUGCUGCAUUCCAGGAGAGCGGGGACCGCCGGGCGAUCCAGGGCUUCCAGCGCUUCCAGGCGCUCCAGGACCUGAUGGGGCGCCGGGACGGCCGGGCACCACGCCAAACGCCACCUGCAUUCCGGAGCGCGUCUUCGAGCCGCCACCGUGCUUGCCGUGCCCGCAAGGCCCACGCGGUGUUCCCGGACAUCCGGGAUUCCCAGGCGAUCCAGGAGAGAGCGGCAUCCCGGGACGUCCGGGAUCCGAUGGAAUGCCGGGAAAGCCGGGAGAGCCAGGACCACCGGGACCAAACGGACCGCCAGGAGAGCCGGGACCAAUUGGAGACAAAGGACGCACACCGGAGGCUCACGUCAUUCCAGGCCCGCCGGGAGACGUCGGACCACCAGGACCAUGGGGACCACCGGGAAGUCCGGGAAUGCCGGGAGAGAACGGAUAUCCAGGAACGCCGGGCGAGAAAGGAUGGCCAGGACCGCCAGGAGCGCCAGGACCAAUGGGACCACCAGGACCAAACGGACCGCCGGGAGAGGAGGGACCGGCCGGGACACCGGGAACGUGCGUCUGCCAGGACACCGAAAUUGUGAUGAACGAUGAGAAGGGAAGAAUUCCGGCGCCGAGGGACAACGUCGCCAUGCAAGCCACCGGAGGAUCAUACGAGCCGAAGUCAUCAACCGCCAACGUUGCAGCAGAUCAGAACGAUGGCUACGGAACCGCGCACACAUUCUCCGACGAGCGUCACCAAGCAAACGACAACGGUGGCUACUAUCAUUUGAAGAGAUAUCGUCAAAUGCUGAGGAAAUAA